AUGGAUCCCAGAUUUUGCCUAAUCUCAGCUCUAAUCUUCUUGUCUAUAUUUUCAAACUCUCCAAUAUUGAUUGUUGCUCAAAUCAGUACUCCAUGUUCACCAACCAUGCUCUCUAGCGUUACGGGGUGCAUGAGUUUUCUAACGGGAGGUGGUAGUUCUCCGACUUCUGAUUGUUGUGAGGCUCUUAAAUCGUUAACCGGAACCGGUUUGGACUGUUUGUGUCUGAUUGUAACCGCAAGUGUGCCAAUCAAUCUUCCUAUUAACCGAACUCUUGCCAUCUCUCUUCCUCGUGCAUGUGGCAUGCCUGGUGUCCCCGUUAAAUGCAAAGCUUCUGCAGCACCUCUUCCUGCUCCAGGCCCAGUGUCUCUCGGUCCAACGAGUCCUCCUCCUACAGAAACGCAAACACCUCAAGGUUCAGCUUCUUUCGGCCCUACCACUUCUCCAACAAGUUCGAUAACUCCUGAUGCAGACCAGAAUAUUCCUGUAUCGGGAAAGGGAGAAAACCCGACAACCUCAACUCCAUCAGCCUCGUCGCCUUCCUCUUCAUACUCUCUCAAGCUUACGCUUCUUCUAUUUGCUUUUUUCGCCUAUGAGAUGAUCAAUUUCGUUUAG